GGUCCACUGAUCACUUUGUUGGUCUUUUUUGUUUUUAAAUAACUACAGAAAUGUUUGCUAUUUGUUUUUUAUUCAUCUAUCUAGCUUUGUCCCCCAGUGCUCCAUCGUCUUCAUUAUCCAGUGUUUGUCCCUAUUGCUCGAUGUGUCCCCAUUAUCCAGCGCACAUUCCCAUUGCCCGGUGCGUGUUCCUGUUGCCCCGUGUGUGCCCCAGACUGAUUGAGUCUGUGUUCUCAUUGCAGGAGUGCAACGGGGGAGUCAUGGCAGGAUAUCAUGCUGGCUUGCCUGAGUGAGAAGAGAUGUGAGGAGUCCUCGGAUCACCACUGUGGCACCGACUUUGCUUAUUUCUACUUCGUCUCCUUCAUAUUCCUGUGCUCAUUCCUUAUGCUGAACCUGUUUGUGGCCGUCAUCAUGGAUAACUUUGAGUACCUGACCAGAGAUUCGUCAAUCCUGGGCCCACACCACCUGGAUGAGUUUGUGCGAGUCUGGGCUGAGUACGAUCGAGCUGCCUGCGGCCGAAUCCAUUACACUGACAUGUAUCAAAUGUUGACCCUCAUGUCACCACCGCUGGGUCUGGGGAAGAAAUGUCCUUCGAAAGUGGCUUACAAGCCAGACUAUUGGAUAAUGGAUGGAGCUGUCCUGUUACGACAAAUACCAUUUGACUUCAGGAAAUACUCAGAUUCCCUGCUGGUAAACAACGGCCCGUUAUCUUUGGCCAAUACUUUCAGGAGCCUAUGGAUUGCAAAAGAUGUGCGAGUUUUUCUCUCAUCCUCAUACUUGAAGAAUGAACUCUCGGCAUGA